CCCAGAUUUUGCCUUCCAAAAGUUCUCGAGGAAGCCAGCCCCAAGGUUGCCCUCUGUCUGAGAGAACAAAUUUCUCUGCAACAACGCAACCCCGCACCAACGAUGCGGCUCCGACUAGUAGUGAAGCGGCAUGAUCUGCCAGAUGCGGCGAUCGUGUGGCCGGUGAAUGACGAGGCUAGGGUGAUCGUCUCGCAGCUGCUGGAGCAGGUGAAUGAGGUCGUGCCUCUUGAGUCGGAGGGGGAGUGGGGGUUGGAGGAUUAUGCGGUUGAGGUGAGGGGGAAGGAGACGAAUUAUGAGUGUUUGCAUUUUCAGGAUGUGAAGAGCAUUUUGCAUGAGGAUGAUGAGGUUAUUAUACGGCCACUUCUCAGUGAUGAUAUUAAGCAGAGGCGGGCUUCGGGAAGGUAUCAAAUUACUUCGGAUGGCAUACACCUGUUUGACGGGGCGGUAUUUGGGAGGCCGAGGAGAAGAAUGAUUGAGAGUAGGCCUGCUGUCACGAUCAACCCAAGGAAGAGGCGGAGGGUUACAUACACAGAGACAGUCGAAGAUGAUCUGGAGGAUGAGGACUCAGACGAGAGCUUUCUCCGGAUCGAAGGAGUGCCGCAAGAAACCGACGAUGGUGGAAACCAGCAGCUUGUUGUCCGAGCUGAUUUCGACAACGACGACGAGGAUGAAUCCGAAGAUGAUGGCAAUUUCGAAUCUGCAGAUGAGGAUAUGGAUGAGGAUUUAUCCGUGGACGAAGGUGAACUGGAGGGGGAGCUCGAGGCUCUCAAUGCUGAGUCCGACGAUGAUGGAGCUUCGGAUAAGGAAAAUAUAAAACAUGGGUCUAAAAUGGACGGGGUCCAGACGGGUGACAAGCUUGACCCCAAGUCGCAUAACAUCAUACAGCUGCAAGAAGCGUUUCCGGACGCCCCUCCGUCUAUUUGCGAGCAGGUGAUGCAGAAUUGCGAUAUGGAUGUUGGCGCAGCUUACGAUACUCUGUCGAAGGGAUUUAAGCCUGGGAGGUCGAAGACUGCCGUUCGUUCCAUGAUGUGGUCGCCGAGUAAAACCGCGAAGGCACCUAGAUCUUCACGAGUUCAGACAAGGUCUGUUAAGGUUGUGGAGCAAGAAGAGGACUUGGUUGCCGAAGAUCAGGAUCAAGUCGACGAUGCAGACGAGGAAGAGGAGGAUGAGGCGGGUUCCGAUGAGGAGGAUGAUGGUGGCAUGGCAGGCUAUUACGACAGCCACGGCCUGCCUCCAGGAUCAAUCAAUAUUGGCAAAGGUCUUUCUGACAUUGCCAAAAGCACCUUAGCCCGAGCUACUAAUAUCCCACUCCCACCAAGCCGCCAUUCAGUGCUGAGAAGAUCUGAUUCUCCCAGCAGCAGUAAGAGCGUCAGGUUUGUGGAAGACACGGUUGUUGUUCAUGACCCGGAUGCCAUUGCACUUGAUGACGAUAGCGAUGAUGAGGAUGACGAGGAUUUCGAUGUUCCAGGCCAGAGUGAGAGUGACUCCGGUUCAAGCUCCGACUCCAGCGACAGUGACGAUGAAAUGGAAAUCUCAGCUGCGCCUGCAGUGCCGACAACCGAAGUCGCUGAUGACCUAACUUCCUCAUCCGGUAGCGAUGACAGCAGCAGCUCCGAAUCUGAGUUUGAAAGCAGCUCUGAUUCCGAAUCUGACUCCAGCUCUGACUCUGAUUCAGAUUCGGGCUCCGAUUCAGAUUCAGAUUCAGAACCAGAAGUAGCAUCGAGCAAAGCACCAGCAGAGCCCAAAGCGCCAACUACAUCCAAACUUGCGGCAAGCUCUACUCAAAAGGAUACCCCUAAAACUGUUCCCCCAGGCGAAGGGCGAAACUCUACAAAAGCCCGGAAUCAGCGCCGGCGAUCAGGAAACAUCCUACAACGCUUCAAGGAGAAAGGCAUCCUACCCGCCGGCGUGACCCUUGCCGAAUUCGGGAAGCUGAAUAUUGACAGCAACACGACCCCUGAAGCCGCUGCUGAGGCAUUGGCCAUUGCUAGAGCUCAGAUUGAGGAGGAGGAGGCAAUGGGUCUACGUACGUCCAAGGGGACGUCUUCAAAGAAGGCCAACAAAGAGGCAGAGUUUGAAGCGAGGAGGCAGGAAUUACUCGCUUCUCUAUCUGCUGGUGGAGUUGAUGUUGGGGCCACUUUGUCGAAUGGAAAGGCAGCGGCCAAGACACCCAAUGGGACUUCGUCUAGCCAUUUGGCCGAUCAGUCAACACCUGUGCCCGCAUCGACAGAGAAGGAGCUUACUUCGUCAGCUUCUACGAAAAAGAAGUCCAAGGUCGAUGUGGACGCUGGUCGAAGGCUACUUUUUGGCGCUUUGGGCAUCAAGAACCCCAAGACAAAAGCUGACGAAGAGAACAUCCGCAAUAAGCUUAUGAAAGAUGUCAGGAAGGUCAAGGAGCGCGAACCUGAAGUGCCGGUAGCAGCAGAAGAUGAAGAAGAUAUGGACGACGACACCUGGAGAGAGAAAAUAACCCUCAGAGCCGUCGAAUGCUGCCAAGAAGGCAUUGAAUUGAGCGAACCGCCAUUCCCUUUCGUGCAACGCUGGGAUCCUCAGCAGCAGCAUGUCUAUCGGAAAGGCAAGCGCGGCGGUAAGGGUAAGAGAAACCAGAGGAAUCAAGUGGAGUAUUAUGAAGAGGAGCAAGCCUCGGCGAAGAAGCAGAAGCGGAAUCAUGACAACAACGGCUAUGAUGAUUAUACCGAAUAUUCGGAAGAGGGACAGAACACUGGCGACUUUGAUCAAUACGAUGGUGUAGACGACCAAACCAAUGAUCAGGUUAUGGAGGAUUCGCAGGGAGUUGAUGGCGAGCCAACUGACGAAAAUGACUUACCAGCCCUUCCUGCCGAUACUUCGAGCCUUACAGAUAUCACACCAAAGGAUAUGAAGCCGGGGAUGGUAGUUGCAUUCAAGCAGCUUAUCAUGUCUGAGGCGACAAGCUGGCAGCCGGUUAUUUCGGAAUACCGAACUGCAGUUGUCAAUAUCGUUUCCGACAAGAACGAGGUCGAACUGACGCUAGCAAUUCGAGACCGCGAAUACCCAGAACGAUACUACAACCAAGAAACUGGUGAGAGAAUCUACGGCAAAUUCGACAUGCCCGUAGAGGAUGAAGAGGAGGAGGAAGACCUGGAUGAUGGCUUCAGAGCACUAGGAUUCGCCGAGCUCAUGGAACCAAAACUGCUGCAGGCGGAGCCCGAGAAUCUGAAGAUAGAUGGCCUUCUAGAGGCGGUAUCUGAUAAGGAUUUCUGUGCAGGAUAUACACCAGGUACAAACUGAGGACGACUCCCCGCCACGCCUUCCGUCGGAGCAACUUCCAGCUAUCCGGCAUUCGGCGCAGGUGGAUGAUGAGAUGGUUGAUGUGUCGAUCACUGAGGAGUCGAGAGAGGAGUUAUCUGUUCUUAUGAGGGAAGCUGGAUUUCGAUCAGAUAUUCCGUCUUCGGUCCUCAAGAACAGGCCUCAACUUCCCGAUACCCCAAAUGAUAACGCCGAGCUCAAGCGCCUUGCCCUAUCUAUGAAUGUAUCUUUGAACAAAGCUGCAACCCUAGAAGACUCAUCGCAACUAUCCCACAUUGAAGACGAGAACAAUUCCACGCCCACGCAAUCUAAUUUCUAUCCCAAAAUCUUGGUUCCCUCAUCGCUAGCCAGCCAAACCUCAGACCACGGCCAACGACAACCUGAUUUUCCCACGCCUGGUGAAUCAACUCUAGACCGCUUUGGCGACUCCAAUUCCUUUCCGCUCAGCCAGGACGGCUUUUCCCUAAAUUCUGCUCACACGGAAACUCUAGCAGAAGAGCCUCAACUUCCGUCUAUCCAGCCGAACCACGCAGCAGCCGCACUCGAGGCCCCACCGUCCGAACGCGAAUCCUCUGUGCUGGACUUUCCCAGUCUCGACGAGAUGUUCUCCACUGCACGCAGCUCUUUUGCUGCUAAACAAGACAAUCUAGAACUCAUUAUAGCCCCACCCUCCACCUCUCUAGGCGCCAACAAAUCAUACGAAGAAGCAAUGGCGAAGCUCGAUGCCGAGUUAGACGCACGAGCCGACCCGGACCAGAAUUCCGGCGACAUGACACCCCGAACGCGAUCAGAAGAUCUGUUUGUGUCACAGCUCGUCGAGGACGUACAUCAACGAUCGAACCCAUCCAAAGACACUACAACGACGACAAGGAGUCCGCCCCAAAGCCCCGCUCUACCAAGGCAGAGACUUCCCUCCAAUAGCAGUCCCUUCGUCAUUCCCUCCGGCUCGCAGCAGGUCGAUCUUACUCUCUCGAGUGAUAAUGACUUUGACGCAAAUGCAAAGAACAACAACGACGACGACGACGACGACGACGACGAUGAUGAGUAUGACCCCACUAUGCCGCGCGGGCCGGGGUGGGUGCGGAAGCGCAAGAUGAGGCGCCGGACGGGGGGGAGUGCGUCGACGUCCCAGGGAUCAGGGUCGGGGUCGCAGACGCGGACGAGGAGUCAGAGGAGGAGGAGGGCGACUAUGGGGGUUUAGUGGAGGUGUGUAUAGUAGGAUUGUGAAUAUGGGAUAUGGGUGGUGUAUGGGAUGGGUUUGGAGAGGCUUGUUUGGGUAUUUUGGGAGUUAUGGGGCAGCUUGGGUGGUGCAUUGGUGGUAUUGUGAGCGGGAUGGCAUCUGAUCAUAUUGGGCUUGCCGCUGUUGAGUUAAUGUGAGGAAGAGAGCCAGCUAUGGAGCAUGGCAUUUCCCAUAGUAAUAAUGAGAUAAUUACCUCUUG